AUGGACCGUCUUGAUCAUGCAGCUUUGCGUAGUCUUGCACUUCCCAUGUUGUUGCCUACAAGCACUCUGAGCAUAACAACGAGAAGGACAAAAGGCGUGCUGGUGUGUUUGAGCAGUGGCUACCCAUUGCCUACUGACUGGACCUGGUUCAAAGAUGGCGGCCAAACCCCUAUCAUCAACGGCACUACCGACAAAUAUGAGAUAAAGAGCACCCCUAACAAGACCACUCUGGUCAUUGAGAACCUGAGCAUCGAAGAAGACAUCGGCGACUACGUCUGCUCUGGAACCAAUAACUUCGGCACAACCAGUGACCGGAUCCACCUGCGUGUCCGCGGUCGCUGGGCUGCCCUCUGGCCCUUCCUUGGCAUCGGCGAGGUCAUCAUCCUGGUGACCAUCAUCUUCAUCUAUGAGAAGAGGAGAAAGCCCGAUGAGAUCACCGGCGAUGACGACUCAGGAGCUGCUCCUCUGAAGACCAAUUCUAAUGCAAAUCACAAAGACAAGAAUGUGAGGCAAAGGAAUUCUAAUUAGAAGCUGAAUGAGAUGGACAUCCAGAUGGCAGUCCAGGAUUCAGCCGUUGCACAUUAUACUGCGCACCCUGCAAUUUUAAGUUACUUUUUGUGCUUGGGUGAUAAAUGUUUUAAGAAACUGAAUGAUUUCCUCCUAUUUUUUUUUUUCUUCUAUAUGCUUCUCCACAUUGUG